UUUUGUUUAAUGUUAUUAGAGUGAUGACAAUGGUGAUAGAAAAGACAUGAAAUGAUUGAUAUUGAGGAGGGUAUAUAAGCAAAGCCUUGGUGCAGUGUUUGUAACAGGAAUUGGAGACAACAAAUAUAUACAUAUAUUCAAAUAUACAACAAGAGAUCAAAGUGGUGAAAAUGGAUGGGUUGAUGAUGGGUUGGGGGCUUCCAGCUGAGCAAGGGUGGAGGAAGCGACCUUGGACCCCUGAUGAAGAUAAGUUGCUUACUGAAUAUGUUAGUUCGCAUGGAGAGGGAAGGUGGAGCUCUGUGGCUAAAUCUUCAGGGCUGAAUAGGAGUGGCAAAAGUUGUAGACUAAGGUGGGUGAAUUAUCUUAAGCCUGGUCUUAAGAGAAGCAAGAUUACACCUCAAGAGGAAGGCAUCAUCAUUGAACUCCAUGCCCUUUGGGGUAACAAAUGGUCUACAAUUGCUCGAUACUUACCUGGGAGAACCGACAACGAAAUAAAGAACUAUUGGAGAACCCAUUUCAAGAAGAGAGGAAAGCCCUCCCAAAAGCAAGAAAAGGGAAAAACUCAACUACUUCUUGAUCAGCAGAUUAUGAAACAAGAACAACAAGAACAACAAGAAGAAGAACAAGGAGAGAAUGAUAAUGACAUUAAUAAUAAAGUCUUGUCACAAGCAGAAGCAAUUGAUCAAAAAAUGACUGAUGAGAAACAAGGCAAACAAGAGACAUUACUCUUUAUGUACCCCAAUAUGGAGAAUCUGUGCUUCCCUAUGAUGUAUCAAGAUAUUGCAUCUUGGUCACACACCAUGGAUGACUUGUGGAGUGGUGGCUUGUGGAACCUAGAUGAACCACAUGGUCGCGUGGAUCAAGCAAAUGACUAUAACAAAAUCAACUGGAACUAAUUUAGUUAGUCAGAAUUGUUGUUUUUCUAAAUACAGAUCAAGAGUUCAAGUUUUGUCAGUAUACGACUUUUGGCCUCUCUGAUGUAUCCAAAAUAAAAAAAAAUAAAAAGCAAAAAUUUAAGCAA